CGCACGCCACUGUAGGGAACGCACGCGCUUGCGUCUGCGUCGCGAGUGUGCCAAUCGAUCUCGUGUGACAGUGACAUGGUUUUGUGUUUUUGUUGGAUUUCCACACUCUGACUUUGUAGACGGCGUGUGUGAAGAAGCUGCAUGUGCGGUGAUGCGCCGCGAGCGCCCGGGAUCGACACAUGCAUGCCGCCCGCGCACCCGGUGUGGUUGUGAUGAUAUGGUGGUGGGCGUUGGCGCUGCUCGCGCUCGCGACGCCCGCCCGCCCCGCGCCCCGGGCGGGCAACGGUGAGCUCCUUUACAGUUACCAAAUGUCGCGCAAGUCAUGCGAGGCGGGGGGCGCGCGCGGCGCCUGCCUGUGGGUGCAGGAGUGCAACCGGCUGGGCGGACGGCACGCCGGCGUGUGUGUCGACAGAUUCAUGUUCGGAUCCUGCUGCCUCCUGCCGGAGAAGCCGUUCAACCUAGAAGAAACACAACCUCCAGUCACAGUCACCGAGAGGCCGUACUCAUCGCCACCUAGCGGCGCGCACAGCACAACAAACAAGCCCUACGAGGCCUCGACACAAACCAUAGCGCGGCCCAACUGGCAAACUCCGCGCCCGUCGUUCAUGACCAAGCCGAUAGAUGGCGCCCCCACGUCAUACAGCUAUAGGCCGCCAGAAAUAAACUUACCUACAUUAGACAAUUUAGACUCGAGUAGCGAAAAAAAUAGUGAUAUAGUUAAUAAAAUACCUUAUAACAGUGUAAAUAAGUACCAAAAUGUAAAUAGGCCGAGUGGCGAUGAAACUAGUCCCAACAAUAAGAUUUCGUCUAGUCUUAGUAUAUUACCGGGCGCGCGGCCAAUGGCCGUCUCUGAACAACACGCGGAAAAUAGUAUUUCCUCAGCGCAAUUCAUGUCGAGGCCGAGCAACCUAAACACGAUACACUGGCAAGCGACCACAGAGCCAGCGUUCAUCACCAAGCCGCGGCCUUCCAACUGGGAGAAACCAGUGGGCAAGCCCAAGCCAACCAAGAAAUUCACCACCACAACCAACAAGCCGCACAAGAACUACAUGAAGCCGAAGGAGCCGAUGUCGAUGGUGUUGGUCAACAAGACGGAGGAGUCUACACCAGCGCCGAUGCAGACAACAGCGGCUACUAACAGUGUUGAAUGCGGGGUGACAGCAAUGUGGCCGCGACCAGAGACCCGCAUCAUGGGCGGCAAGGACUCCAGUUUUGGGCGGUGGCCGUGGCAGGUCUCCGUGAGAAGAACCUCUUUCUUCGGCUUUUCCUCCACACACAGAUGUGGUGGAGCUAUCAUCAAUGAAGGCUGGAUUGCUACAGCUGGACACUGCGUCGACGAUCUUCUCACUUCACAAAUAAGAAUACGUGUUGGAGAAUACGACUUCUCUUCGAUAUCGGAGCAAUACCCAUUCGUCGAGAGAGGAGUCGCUCGCAAAGCGGUCCAUCCGAAAUACAACUUCUUCACCUACGAAUACGACUUAGCGUUGGUCAAAUUGGAGUCGCCAGUUCAGUUUGCGCCUCACAUAUCACCGAUUUGUCUGCCGGCUUCGGAUGAUUUGCUCGUCGGGGAGAAUGCCACGGUGACUGGUUGGGGAAGGCUAUCCGAAGGUGGAGUGCUGCCUUCGGUAUUACAAGAGGUACAAGUGCCAAUAGUGUCGAACGAGCGGUGCAAGUCGAUGUUCCUGCGAGCGGGGAGACACGAGUUCAUCCCGGACAUAUUCUUGUGCGCCGGACACGAGCGGGGAGGUCAUGACUCCUGCCAGGGAGACUCGGGUGGACCGCUACAGGUAAAAGGGAAAGACCAAAAGUACUUCCUAGCCGGCAUCAUUAGCUGGGGCAUCGGUUGCGGCGAAGCGAAUUUACCCGGAGUCUGCACAAGAAUAUCCAAGUUUGUGCCUUGGAUUCUACAGACAGUGAAUUCCUAAAAUUUGGACGAAACGAAAUUGACUGUUGUGUUUACCAUACAAAUUUAUCAUAAUAUUAAUGAUACCAUAGUUUUCAGUGGUGUGUUUUAAUUGAAACAAGUCAUGUUGUUGAAGACAAACGACUGAAAAGACAUUACGAAACUGAACGCGCAAGUGCAGUGAAGUUACCUUCAAAAAUGUUGAUUGGAUUCAACGUUUUCUGAGGCGUUUUUUUUCAAUUAACCAUCAAGAUUUUUAUGCAGAAAUUCUGUAUAAAAUCUUAUCGACGUAGCUUCGAAAGCUAAUACUCGUAAACGCCUUUCUAAAUGAGAUUUUAGGCUUAAAGAUUUUCUGCCUACCGCGCUUGUGACCUAAAAAUGUUUAUGUAAAUAAUUCUGUGUACUUAAAGAACGAUGUAAUCUUACUUAAGUGAUUUUAGUUAAUAGUUAAGCUAACAUUUUUAUGUAAAUACACUGUAUACGUAUUAUCUUGCCUUUUUUAUAUUUUUCAUAUUUUUAUAUUAUUAUUUAUAAGUAUACAGUAUUACUUUGUUUCCACUUUUAUAGCUUGUAAAUAUGACAAAACUGUUAUUCGUACUACGAUCGCGUUUCAAAUGUAUUUUUAAUAGAUUUUCAUUUAAUUUAGACGCUUUAAGCUAAAAAAGAUUUACCAGACCUCACAAGUUAUGCAUUGCUAUUGUAUUUAUGGCACCUAUGUGAUGUUUGUCGAUUAUUAUAUUCUAUUAUAAUUUUGUUUGAAUGAAUAGUUUAUGAUGACGUUGAUUUAAUAUUGUUUAAAUGAAAUAUUAAAAUAAUAAUUAA